GAUUCUUUUCCUUGAAACGACGAUCAGUCGCAGUGACACGCAUGCGCGUGCACGCGUGUUUCUUCUUGCCGCUGGAAUCAAUUACUUCCUGAGCCAUUACGAGGGCUUCGAUUAGGAUGCCAUCGACUGUGCUACUUCGUGCCUGAUUUUAUUCCACGACUAUUUUGGAACAAGUACGGAUCUGGUGCCCCAGCUGUUGGGGAUGUUCGACGAGUUAGCUCGCCGGGGCAAUGGCUAUACCGACCACGUGGUACUUCCGCCUGCCUGCAACAUACCAGCGGCACUACAGAAACGUUUGAGCCUGGUAUCCCAUCGAGGCUCCAUAUUCGGCCAGUUCCAUCCUGAAUUAUCCAAACCUCAACCGGAUGACGCUAUGGCCGAGCAUCCAACGUCAGAGAACACCGUGGUGGAUAUAGUCGUGGCUGAUGACGUUACGCCUGAGAAAGAGAACGACGCGUUACAAACCCUGGAGAACAGCCAACAAGAGAAUAGAAGCGAGUGUACGAUAGAGAAGAAAUCAUAUAGACGCGAAAGCAACGGUCUCACGCCACUUAGGUACAACAGACGAUGCAGAAACGCUGCAAGACCGCUUUCUGGAAGCUCUGUUGCGUCCUCCGGAAGCUCGAGUACCUCCUCCAGUGGGUGCAGUAACCAGGGCAACCAGUGCACCAUCAAUCCUUAUUUGGCGUCGGUUGAAUCGCUGGCAGACACUUGCGCCAGCUCUCAAGGUUCUGGGGAUAGUGGAGUGGUGACAGUUUCGGAAGCCAACUGCCGAAUAGGAGAUGAUGGAAGUGAUCAAAGAAGAAAUAGCGGAGAGGAGGAUCCUUUUAAUCCCCUGUGCCACAGGCCGCGUUAUUGCGACCCCCAUCGGAAUCCUAUGGAAAGGGUACUCCUUGAGAUAGUCGACACCGAGGCGAUAUACGUGGAACAUCUGCGACAAGUCAUCCAGGGUUACCUUAUAUUUUGGAGAAACGAUUCGGCAUCGUUCGUGGAUCAAGUGCAGCUGAGUAACUUAUUUAGUAAUAUCGAGGAUAUCUUCGAGUUCAACAGAGAGUUCCUGAAAGAGAUAGAGGAAUGUGGUCUGGAUCCAGUCUGUGUGGCAAACACAUUCAUAAAGCACAAGUCAGGAUUUAAAGUGUAUACAGAAUAUUGUACCAAUUAUCCAAGCACAGUUUCCGUUCUGACCGACCUCAUGAGUCAAGAAAAGACUGCACACGCGUUCCGAGAAAGACAAGCAGCCCUAGGUCAUGCAUUACCUCUUGGAUCCUUUCUUUUGAAACCUGUUCAAAGGAUCCUCAAGUACCACUUACUUCUGGAGAAUUUGUCAAAAGAGUAUGCAGCAGACUGCGAGGUAAGAGAAAAUGAGACUGAAGGUAGCAAGGCAAUUGAGGCGGCACUGGCUGCUAUGACUGACAUUGCAAAGCACAUAAAUGCAAUGAAACGAAGGCACGAGCACGCAGUGCGUGUUCAAGAGAUCCAGUCCCUUUUGUACGGCUGGCCUGGUCCAGAUUUAACGACUAGUGGGGAACUGGUAGCAGAAGGAAGAUUCAGAAUGCGGGGGGCCAAAGCUCCUAGGCACGCUUUCUUAUUUGACCGCAUGCUUUUACUCACUAAGAAAAAGGAGGAUGGGCUUCUAGUCUACAAAGCUCACAUUAUGUGUUCGAAUUUAAUGCUCAUUGAGAGUAUACCAGGCGAACCGCUUAGUUUCCACGUGAUUCCUUUCGAUAAUCCCAGAUUGCAGUAUACUCUUCAGGCACGAAACUUGGAACAGAAAAGAGAAUGGACUUUACAGAUAAAAAGGGUAAUUUUGGAGAAUUAUAACGCGGUUAUACCUUCGCAUGCGAGACAAUUGGUUUUGCAACUUGGCCAGACGCAACCAGAGGACGACGCUUUGGCAGAUAGAGGAUCGGCGAAGAAGCAGCAUUCUGCACCUCCAGAGUAUCUAGAGAAACGAAAACAGGAGAAAGAAAGACGGAGAUCUGAGACAGGACUUAGACAGAAAUUCAAAAAAGGUGGCAGAAGGUCUGAGACUACAACUGAGGAUUCUCCAGCAUCGCCACGGAAAAAUCAAAACGAGGAUUCUAGUGAACAAGGAUUUAAAACUUCAGACGGACGCGGAUCAAAAGUCAAGGAUCGCUUUACCGGUUGGAGGAGAAAAUCAGAGCCAGGUUUUCAAUCUUAUGUGUGCCUUAACCAGUCUGACGAAGAACAAAAAGAGGAUACGGGUGAUACGGGGUCUGCUACCGUUGAGACCGAAUGCGCGAUUAUCGAGAACGACAAGCACACGAACUCUCCACCACCUGAAACCAAAGAGAACAAUGAACAGCAGACUCAAGCGCAAACAGUCGAGGAAAUAGUUGGUCAUAUUCUCAUGCAAAACCAGGAAUUUCAGAAGCUCCUAGAGAAGCAGCGGACGAAUAGUAUAAUCAACGUCAGACAGCAGCAACGUUUCAAUAAACGUAUAUCUGCUGACACAUCUGAUGACAGUGACUCAGAAAAUACAAACUAUAUUGCAGACAAUUCGGUUAACAACAGGACAUCGCGUAUUAGGCCAGGUCAUCGAGAGCGGUUCAUUAAAACGAAUAAUACUUUGAACUCGUUAUCUUCUCCUCGUGAUCAUCAACCUACGCUACAAUUGCUGUAUGAUAAUUUAAACAAAACUGAAAAUAAUAAAUCGGUGGACAGUAAUUCGAAAAACAAGAUUAACCUUGUACAAGAGAAGAAAGCGUUGUUUGAAGCGUUCAAGAAACAGAGUAUCGUGACAGAGAGUAAAGUUAUCAAGACUGCGCUUAGGAUAAGAGAAAAUUCAACAUCGAGGAACGAAGAAGCAAUUCAACCACAAGCUACGAAGGAAAAUGAAAUUCAAAUUGUAGAAAGCGAGAAAGGAACGACUGAAAAUGGCGAAUGUACAACUGAAGUUAAUCAAGAGGUUACCGAGUCUAACAAAGGUUUUGGAAACUAUGAUAACCUGCAACACGUAUGGGAGGGUCUGCAAGAAGAGAAAAGCUUGGAUGGAAAUGACAGUCCGACUCGUCCGGCAGUCUGGUUAACCAAACUAUGCGAAGGGUUGCCAACAUCGCCCCAAAAGUGUGGUUCUCUUCCACGUAGCUUCCAAAUUCACCCUAAUUCUAAUCAGAACGUAACAAAGUCACGGUUCUUGCAGAGGGAUGGCAAACCUAUGAGCGAGAGACCAUUUACCAUAGCUUCAGACAAGCCAGCAGAGAUUAACUUGGAGGACAUGGAAAGGUAUGCCUCUACAUGUCAGCCAGAAGGAAGAAUUGCCAAAUUUCCGACUUCCGUUUCAACAUCCACAUCAACAUUCUUUUGUUCAUUGGACGAUACAUUGACAGACGCUUAUUCAGAGAUUCAUAUUUCAUCCACCACCACGAACAUACAUCCUGAUCAUAAAAUCUAUAGGGCAAACACGAGUGGGAGCACCAUAUUUAAGAACGUCCUUUCUAAAGCUGGCAAUCGUCUUCAAGGUCUGAGGAACACCAUGAGCACAGAGACUCUAGAGUGUAGCGAAGAAUUAGAGAGGACCAAGUACUUCCGUUCUUUGAGUACAGGUAAGUUAAAGAAGAAGAGCAAAAUGAAGCAUUCGAGGGAAUCCUCUUCGGAUGUGGAAGAGCUUGUAGGAUGCACAGCAAGGGGGGUUUCGGAUCUGAGAAUCCCUUCGGUUUAUUACAAACAGGGAAGCUCGAGUUUAGGUGCUCGGAUCGCUCAGUCUGAUUAUGCGGAUCCAAGUGUACUAUUUUUCGAAAACAAACGAUUUCAGCAGGCGAAUAGUCAGUCACAGACCAAGGAAGAGAAGAAAGACGAUGAAGAAAGUAUAGAGAACCGAGAAAGUGAAACGGAUAGUUUCUAUGAAAGAUCAUUCGAGACGAUUGAGAACUACGUAGAUGCGGAUGUUGACGACGCGUUCCGGGAUAGUGCAAUAUUUAGCGAUAUCGAAGAGGUUCUGGUGGCCAGGCCACAAUCGAGUCAGCCUCCCGAAGAUUGCCCGCCAUUUAAGAGCAAAGUGGCGCCACCGGUACCAGCGAAGAAGAAAACAGAGUCUAUCACAGCGGUAAAUCCUUCAGGAUACAACGUUGCAACGACGAAAUGCAAACCAAACGUAGCUCAGAAACCCGAUUAUUUGAAGGUUAAGUCGGUUUUCUUAAAGGGACAGCAAGAAUUGGACUGUAAAAUUCCGGUGAGAUCUCCUGUGUCUGAAAGUGGAACGUAUCAUUGUUCUAAGAACAGUUUGCAGAGCAACUGCUCGUCAAACAGUGGUGAAGAGAACGACGAUGUGUCGGCGGGACAGAGCCAAGCAGGUUGGGUAAGGAAGAUAGUGGGUCAGUUGCAGGGUCACAUUGAAACGUAAUUUAUGCCAAUGAAAGUGUACAAAUCUCGUAGCCUUAAACGCAGGAAUUUCACGUUUGCCGAUAUUCUUAAUCCUUUUGAGAUUAGUUCAUUUUAAUUUAUAUAUUGGAAUAUUCUUCUUUUUUUUUUGUCUUUGCAUACUUGAUAAAAAAAUGUAAUAAUUACACUGUGAAUGCUUAUGCGUUUAUGGAAAAUUUCUAUUUUUAACAUAGUAUGCAAACUGAUACAAAAUGUCCAAAAUAUAAUCCAUUUUCUAAAUUAUAUUAUUCAUAAAAAUAUGAAUUUGCAUGAAUAUCCGCAGUCUAAUUUAAAUACUUCAAGAAAUAUUAUAUAUCUUGAAAGGAUUAAGUAGUUAUUAUCUAGAAAUCAAUAAUACUCGUUUGGAUGAUGAAGAGUCAGUUUAUUUUUGAGUGAUCUAUCAAAGUACAAUUAUCUUUGAGAUUAUAUUUUACUAGUACAAUGGAAGAGAGGAAGAAGGAUUGAAAACGAAGUGGAAGCAGAAUAAAUAAAGAGUAAUAUUGAUCUAGAUAAAACUCAGAUACUUCAAUGAAAGACAUAGUAUGUACAUAAUGAAUUACUGUGGGCACAUUUUGUUUCUUUAGUUUUUAAUAUUAACAUUUAUAUCCGAUCAAGAUCUAAAAAAAAUAUUAUUAUUAUGUACAUGUUACGUUUAUGUUUAUUCUAUUCGUGCUUUAUGUAAACUAUUUCCCGCGCAAACAUGAAGUUCUAGUGUUGAAGUGUAUUGUACAACAUUGAAACAAAUACUGCCGAACAAGUUAUCGUGUCGUGUAAACUAGCGGUAAAAAGAAUAAAACGUAAAUAAGUGAUACUUUUUCAAAAUACCGUAUGUCAUAUUUAAUCCGUGUCAUAUAUAAAUUUAAAUGUUAUGUUAAUAAUACAGGGUAAUCAGAGAAAAUUAUUUUUGAAAAGCCUUUUCGUGGAGGAAGCUGUUAUAUCCUUUGGUAAUUUAAAUAUUUUAAUAAAAUGUAUUUCCUAGUGAAACAUCUAUCACCAUGUAAGUAAAUUGAUACGAUCAAGAGUUGAAUAUUGAAAAUUGUAUAGUCACCCUGUAUUGUUAUAUAAAUUUUUACAAGGACAAAUUUUUUCAUAUUUUAAUGUCGUUAGUCAGACUAUUGUAAAUCGUUAUACAUGUCGACUGAAUAUUUUAAGCGUCGAUGUACUUGCAAAUUAACUCGUUAGGAUUCAGAAAUGAUUAUUUUAUUUUUCAACAAUAAACGUGUUCGUUUGAACAAA